UGUUUUAGACGUCUUUGUAAUUUUUUUUCCACCGUUCCGUAGUUCCGGUCCGGGUUUUACGCAGUCCCAGUGUUAAAAUAAAUGACUAAUUACAGGAAAUGACGUAAAUCUUUAAUUUGUUUAUUUUCUAUUUUAAUUUUUUAACUGUUAACAGCCUAAAACGAAAAAUAAAUACCGGUAUUUUGAAUAAAGACCAAAGCCCGUGUUUAUUAUUUAUCGUCUUUAGAGUUCUAAUAGAAAAAUAACAGAAACCGGAAAGUAUGAAUGUUUUGUCAAGUCUCCCAUGAUGCAACGCCGAAGGGAGAUUCAAACAAACCGUCAGAAAAGAAGGACACGAUGGCGGGCCGGCCGGACAGUGAAAUUCACUUUGAGCUGGGUGGGGAGCGGGACAGAGAAGUACUAGUAGGCAGUAAAGCAGAGACGGAAGAUAAGCGGCAGACCACGGGCGAAUGUGAUACGGAGCCUUGCCGCACUGCGGCUCAGUUACAGUCUGAUCACCCGGGCGCGGCUGGUUCAGAAGCCGAGGGAACAGUUCGGAACGAAAGUCCGUGUGGUGAAUGCUGGCUUCUUAGUUCAAAUGAGAUGGAGCCGUCUGUAGCACAAACUGUGGCCAGCAGCACGUUGUCCGGGAAUCAAGGUUAUAUUUUAUUGUGUGAUGACGUUAGCAUGGCACAGACUGGAGGUAACCGACAUCCGAGUUCAGUAUCGGGGAAAAACAGCAGUGACACGGGGCGGAGUGAAGAGGAUAAGGAGAACCACAACGAACACGAUCUUCCUUCCACAGAAAUAAAAACGACUAGCAGUAAGAUGUCUGACAGUCCUACAAUUGUGAACAUCCAGACAGAAGAUGUUUGCUUGAAAAACACUGCCAAUUCAAGCGACUUCCCUACCCAAAGGAUAGAAGAAUUCGUGGGAAGCUUAGACCCGGGGCAGAGAUCAAACGACGAGUGUUCAGUGUCUGUGAUGUUCUCCGGUAGUGUCACCCAGGAAAGCUGCAGCAAAUUUGUCUGCGAGAUUCUCAAAUACUUGCUGUACCAGCGGCAGCAGCUUCCAAUGCCUUACGACCAGCUGCAGUUUUUCCAGAAGAAACAGCAAACAAUGGGCAGGGCGGAUGAGCUGGUAGCAAGAAAGCCUUUGAAGACAGAGGGCUGGGAUGGGAAGAAAUGCCAGCGGGUGCUGAAGGAGAUGGAAGAAGUGCUGCUGCACCUGGAGGAGCUCUUCUCUCUGAGCCUAGUGCCCCGUGUCCUCCUGCUGCUGGGUGGGAACAUCAUGCUGCCCAAAGAGCUCUAUGAGGUGAAUCUGGAGGGCAUCGCACUGGGCAGCCUGGAGCAGAGCUUGAAAACGGCCACCUGUCUCCGCAGUCUCUUCCGCACGCUCUUCAUGGCAGACAUCCUGUCCGACUCCAAGCCCGUCCAGCUCAUGACCACCACUGUCAUGGUACAGGGGCAUCGGGACUGUGGGGUCGGCUGGUUCCGGCCCAAAAUGGAUUACCAGGUCCCGACGCGAGUGAAGAAGCAGAUCAUCGUCUUGUCCUGUGGUUCUGAGGAGGAGGUUUGUCAUCUUUCCCAGGCAGCCCGGACAAACUGGGACGAUUACAUAUGGUUUCAGGCACCAGUGACUAUAAAAGGAUUUUAUAAAUGAUUUUUAAAGGGACGUGCCAGGAGUUGGUUGGCAGCAUUAUAUUUGAUGGUGAAAUCGAUUUUUAAGGGAGGGGAGGGGAAUGGGAGGAAGAGGAGAUAUUUCGGGGACCAUGACCACCUGCCUUUGGAAGAAUACCUCAAGUUAAAUCUCAUAGAAGGGAGAUUUCCAGUGCUUGUUUUAAGAACAGUAUUUAAUUCUUAUAUGAAAUUGCUUUCAAUUUAGAGUUUGUGUUGAUUUCCCUGCUGUGUUGAGGACAAUAGCCGAAAAGGCCUGCAUGCCCCCCAUGUGCCCUGGUUCAAUAGGAAAUAAAGGAGGGUUUGACUCUUAGGCAAGUUAGAUCAACCUUCUCUAAGCAGGGUGCAAGCACAAAACAAUAAAAACAUGCAGAUGAACCUUGAAUAGCCAUAGUCUAUUAAUGAGAACCCUGUCAUUUGGGACAAGGAGAACAUGUUUUUUAAAAAUUUAUUUUAUUAAAGAAAAAAAAAAUUGAAAAAAAUAAUCAAGUACUUUUAUAUUACCCAAACUAUAUGCUCACAUUUUAAUGAGAAAUGUGACCUUUUUUUAUAAACUUUCUUCUGUGAAUAUACAUAUAGUUGGUAUGGUUUAUGACUGGGUAAGGUGGGGUUAAAUGGAAAGCGAGAACUGUUUCAGUCUACAGAUGAAAAUUUUAAAAAGCGUCUGAGACUUUGAAGUAAACUUUCUGGGCCAAGGAAAAUUGCAUGACCAGAAAGACAGUACCAGGUUUGAUGGAGAACCAGACUCAGUAUAGUACUCCUACUACUUACUGUAUAUCUGUAAACUCAUUUCAGUUAGCUGCCACAAGAACCUGCCAACAGUGUUCUAGAGACAAGAGGCAAUAUCUAUCCCUCAGGUAAUCGGAUAGAUCAGCAUAUGAAUGUAGAUCUGCUAAAGAAACGCAAUUCACAGGUGGCUUACAAAAAAAAAAAGCAUGUACACAAGACAAGGUAAAAGACAGUAUUAAAGAAACCGCUGCUAUACAAACCUCAAAAGAGAACAUUUUGAUGGAAUAUAAAAUUAAAACAGAAAAUAAAUCUAUUAUGGAAUGACAUUUUUCAGGGUUCCUAAUAAAGUGCCCACACCCUCAGUACCCACUAGUGCUUACAGUAGCAUCCCACUGGUCUAAAUCAGUGGCUUGCUAAUUGUAUCUGAUGUUUGCUUGGGUUCUGUGCAGCCAUUAUGAUAAAAGAUUCUACAUGCCUUUCUAAUAUCUAAUUUUUUUUUAAGUAAUUUUUUUUUUUUAUCCUGGUUUGCUUUGAACAUGCAUGUGGUGGUUUACAACUUUACCGCCUCUUAAUAAGGUAGAAAAUUACAAGCAUCUUGAAAUUGGAACUCGUUAAGUUUAAGAUUUUGAUUUUAUAUACUAUAACAUAUUAUUGCUAACAAAAUGAGAAUGAUUUAAUUAAAUUUUCGAAAUACUGGAACAAAUGUAAUCCUGAUUUUAAAAACCUACAAAUUCACAUUGAUUAUUGAAGUCCACUAUUAAGCAUUUGUUUUUAGAUGUAACCUUUUUUUUAUUAUUAUUAUUUCCUUCCAGGUGAUUUGAUCAAUGGUGCUGUGGUAGCUCAUGUUGAUAAUAAAUUUAAUAAAAGAAUGUCAGGACAGUCGAGACUGUCUUGCGAUUUUAA